CCCUCUUUGCGUGCAGAGGUGCAUACCCUCGACGACCUCUCCCAAUCCGGUCAAUGCCGGCAGCAUCAGGCCUAUUCCCCCACGGUGCACCACUCCGCCGCCCCCGUCGACGUCCUCCUCCUCCCAGCCCCAGCAAGAGGAUGCUGGCACAUGCCUCGAGCGACUCGCCGGCGCCGCCACCAACCUGGGCAUGGUGGCGCACCCGGACGGCUCCGGCAGGGCCUUUCUGUACACCCAGGAUGACGGCAAGGUCUGGCUCGUCGCGGUGCCAGCACGGGGCUCCGGAGCGGCGUUGCAGGUCGACGGCGACGGGGCCAUCAUCCUCGACCUCGCGGGUUCGGCGCUCAGGCUGACGGGACUUGCGCUCCACCCAGAAUUCACGACCAACGGACGCUUGUUUGUCUCCUACACCUGCGAUAGCGCCGCCUCGCCGGCGUUCGGCGGCGCUGGAUCAUUCUCGUCUGCUGCUGCUGGAAAUGGAUCCAGGUACCAGCUCGUUGUCGAGGAGUUCACCACGAAGGGCGUUGACUAUGGCAUGGGGACUCAUCAAGCUCGAGCUGCUCCAACUGAAGUGAGGGGUAUCUUCGCCAUGGGUUUGCCGCCGCAGCUGGAGGACGCGCGUGGAGGCCAGAUCUUCUUCCGUCCGGGUGGCGAUGAUGGGCAUCUCUACCUCGCCGUGGGACGCGGUGAUGGAGCAGGAGGCGAAGCGAGCUCCCCGUUUUCGGGCAAAAUCAUCAGGUUCGAUGUCGAUCACAUACCGGGCAACGAGCCCCAGAUUUUUGCCAGUGGACUCGGCGACUGAGGGGCUGCAGCUUCGAUUCCAUGAGGCCUUCCGACUUGUACUGCGCCGGAGUGGAUGAGGUACGGUGACAUAAGUACACGCUGGAGGUUCCUCUCUGAAGUUUCCACGUCAAGCCACUUAAUUAGAAUCCUAGAUGUACACUAUGAACAUAAAAGAAAAAUAAAGAAACUCUAAAAAUUUUCACAAAAUCAUAAACAUCCGGCUAUCAAUCUAACAACUCUAAUUAUAAUAGUUAUAUGAUUUGUUAUAUUUCCUAAUAAAUACACACCUUUGCUAUUACAAAAAUGGACUAAAGUAACCUCUAACUAUGUAUCUAAAUUACACAUCUCUCCCAUUAUAAAAAAUCUAAUGUAACUUCCUAAUCUUCGUGUAAAUUACACACCUAUGUUGUUAUAAGAAAGUAAAAAUAAUAUAAAUAAACCCCUAAAUUUGUGUAUGAAUUAC